CUGCCUGACCUUUUCUUUGCUACGGAUUUUUUGUGGGGCUGAAGGAUCCCCACCUGGCUUGGAAGUUGGAACUUUGCUUGUGCAAAGUGGGGAACUGCGAACUAGGAACGAGCGCUACGAUUUCUUCUCUUGCUGCCCCCUGAUCAACGCCGAUGAAAUCGAAGAGAAGACGAGAAGAAUCCCGAGACCCGUCAGGCCUCCUUGUCCCAGACCCUGGUUCACUUCUUUGAAGUUAUCUCGAUCUCCCAGCUUUCGAGGGAUCGGAUACUCCAAAUCCGUAGUGUUUCCGGAGGAGAUGGAGAAGCUGGCGAAUCUUGCUUCGAAUCAGAGAUUAUCCAGAGUCGCACAUACCCACGAAUCUCUGCCCAUGGCCAAUGGAAAUCCGGCGGCUCCCAGGAAGAAAUGGACCAACUUCAUGCCUCUCUUCGUGAUUCUCGUGGUGGUUGCGGAGAUCGCGUUUCUGGGUCGGCUUGAUAUGGCUAAGAACGCUGCUUUGGUCGACUCCUGGGCCGACGUGUUUUACCGUUCGCAUGCUGGGGGCGAGCUGCCCCUGAGCGGCGAGGAUUUCCCCGUCACGAUGGAGGGUAGUGACCGGAAUUUGGGGUCGGAGACGGAGAGUUGCGAGGACUGGUUGGAGAAAGAGGAUGCUGUGGUAUAUUCUAGGGAUUUUGACAAGGAACCUAUUUUGGUUUCUGGUUUUCACGAGGAGUGGAAGACAUGCGCUGUCGGAUGUAAGUUUGGGUCCAGUUCAGAUAAGGAACCUGAUGCACAAUUCGGAUUGAAUGGGCAAGCCGGAAAAGCUAAGAUACUUAGAUCAAUGGAGUCUUCACAGUACUAUGCAGAAAAUGAUAUUGUUCAGGCACGACGGAGGGGCAUUGAUAUCGUGAUGACAACUAGUCUUUCCUCUGAUGUUCCAGUUGGAUAUUUUUCGUGGGCUGAGUAUGACAUUAUGGCUCCGGUGCAGCCAAAGACAGAGAAUGCCAUCGCAGCUGCCUUUAUUUCUAACUGUGGGGCUCGAAAUUUUAGAUUACAAGCUCUUGAGGCUCUUGAAAAGACUAAAGUAAAAAUAGAUUCGUAUGGUGGCUGCCAUAGGAACCGAGAUGGGAGAGUGGACAAAGUGGAAGCUCUGAAGCGCUACAAGUUCAGUCUCGCUUUUGAAAAUUCUAAUGAGGAAGAUUAUGUCACUGAGAAAUUCCUCCAAUCUCUUGUUGCUGGUUCUGUACCUGUGGUUAUCGGUGCACCAAACAUUGAGGAUUUUGCACCUGCUCCUGGAUCAUAUUUACAUAUCAAGGAGUUAAAAGAUGUUCCAGAAGUCGCCAAGACAAUGAUUUACCUCUCAGAGAAUCCUGAUGCAUACAACCAAUCAUUAAGGUGGAAGUAUGAGGGUCCAUCGGACUCUUUCAAGGCCCUCGUGGAUAUGGCAGCUGUUCACUCAUCAUGCCGUCUUUGCAUUCAUCUUGCUACCACGAUCAGGCAGAAAGAAGAGAAAAGCCCAGCUUUCAAGAAUCGUCCAUGCAAGUGCACUCGAGGCUCAGAAACUGUAUACCAUUUGUUCGUGAGAGAGAGAGGGAGGUUUGAGAUGGUGUCCAUUUACUUGAGAAAACUCACGCUGGAGGCCCUGGAGUCUGCAAUUUUGAGGAAGUUCACUUCUAUGAACCACGUGCCGAUUUGGAAGGAAGAAAGACCUGAAAGCAUAAGAGGAGGGAAUGCACUUCGAAUUUACAGAAUAUAUCCUGUUGGCUUGACGCAGAGGCAGGCUCUGUAUACGUUCAAAUUCGAAAAUGACGCCGACCUGAGGAGUCACGUGCAAAGGAACCCAUGUGCGAAAUUUGAAGUGAUUUUUGUCUAAAGUAGUUUCUCAUCCCGACUACGGUUUGGCAGAGUGGGCCAUUCGUGCAUUUCCUGACGUGGGAAUUCACGAGGAGGUGAAUGUCAAACUAAUUGGAUCGCUUCUGGCGCACCAUCCUCUUUUCCAUAUCUUGCUUAUGCAAGUGAUGGAGGGAGUGAUAAAUUUACCAAAGAGUUGAUGGAAUAUUUAUCGAGCUCGCUAUGGCAAGCUCAAGACUUUUGAUGAUCGUGUUUUUGCCCACGACGGAAGCUGGAUCUAAAUUAUUUCGGUGCAGGGCAUUAGAUUAGUUCUCGGGUCACGACCUUUGAUGUAUUUCUUCGACUCUUUGAGGUGGCGAUACCGAAAUUCAUGGUUCAAAUCUCAAUCUU